AGCUUCUCCUUUUGCAGGGAAUGACGUGACCUAAAGUUAGGUACGGGCCUCGAUUGUAGGUACCUUAUAUACCUAUAUAUACGUAUCAUACAUAUCGACUUGAGCCCCAGUCCCUUACCACGCCGGGUCGUAUGGCUCAGCUCUUUCGACAUCUAUGAUCUGUUGUCCCAGAUAGCCUGCAUCAUCAUCUGAGCAAUGGAUUCCCUACAAGGCCGUACCCCCUUGGAAAUCGGCCGCCUGAUCACCAAGUCAACUAUCGUCAAGGCCAAGCUUAGCUGGGCCGACCUGGUCCUCAAGUCCUUCCUCGGCGGCAUAUUCAUUUCCAUGGGCGCUCUCUUCGACCUCUCGAUCCUCGGUGGUAUGCCGGGUCUCCGCGCCUCGAACCCCAUGCUCGCAACCUUUAUUGCAGGCUUCACCUUCCCCACGGGUUUCUUCCUCAUCAUCUACACUAAUUCCGAGCUGGUCACCUCCAACAUGUUCACCAUGAUGUACUCAGCCCUCCAGCGCCGUAUCACCCCUUAUGACGUCGCCCGCAGCUGGAUCGUCAGUUACGUCUUCAACUUCGCCGGUGCUCUCUUCUUCGCCGGCUUCUUGACUUGGUGGACCGAUACCCUCUCCCUCGACGUGCAGAAAGCGUAUGCCGUUACCCAGGCCGAGACCCGCGUUCUGGUCCCCUCAUACUGGUCGGUGAACUUCCUGCGCGGCGUCGGCUGCAACUGGAUCGUUGGGCUUGCGUUCUGGUGCUCCACCGCCGCGACGAACGAACACGUCGCCAAGAUUUACGCCAUCUGGAUUCCGAUCUGGGCCUUCGUCGGGUAUGGCUACCAGCAUUGCGUUGCGAAUUAUUUCCUCAUCCCGAUCGGAAUGUUCUAUGGGACGAGCUUCGGGGUUGGCGAGUUCAUCUACAAGAGUUGCAUACCGGUGACGUUGGGGAACAUCUUUGGUGGCGCUGGGCUGGCCGCCUUCGCCUUCUGGUUCUUGUAUGGCCGCGAGGAGGACCCUAACAACGGGAUGAUUGCAGUCAACAAGUUCGAUGGGAAUCAGGAUGCUGCGCAGGCUCCGAACGGGAUGGGGCAAGGACAUCAGUCGUAUGUCAGGGAGAAUCUGGUGUGAAAGGAGAAUCUGGUGUGAGCACAAGAAGAUGUUAUAAAAAAAAUCCUCGUAUCAAAAUUUGCUGGACCUCGAGAGUGGAUAUCCAUUAGACGCAGUGGGCAGCGGUGUUAUGGUGUCACAUGUAUGCCCUUGGUUAGACUUUUCUUUUUACUUUACUUACUUCCCUACUGUACCUGUAUUCAUAGCCAUAUCGAUACCUCAGAGAGCCUUUUUUCCUUCUUGGACGACAAUAGAACACAUGGUUAUA